AGAGUGCCGGAACGAGAAAUUCCAGGCAGAAUCUCAGCACUCGACGACUCGACCGUGUUCAUCGCAGACGCGUAGUGCGCAACCGCUUGCAGCCAGCGCCCAGGCCACAUUCAAAAGUCUCGUGUAGAAGCCCCUUAGAAGCUACUUGUCACCUUUUACAGAGAGAGAGAGAGAGAGCCCUGUGUACCGUGUGUGAGAGAGAGAGAGAGAAAAAAGAGGGAGGUACCAAAUAAAAAGAGAAGCCUCCUCCUCCUUGCAUACCUCCCUGCCCACUUUUAUAUCUCAGAGAAGAGCAGCGGUGGGGUUUUCGGCUGUGGAAGUACACCUUGGCUAAAGCUUCUCGACGUGGCUGUGGAGAAAAAACGCUAGAGCCCCCGAACCGUGUGUCUCCCUUUUGUCGCUUAUGGUCAACGCAUUCAUUCGUUGACUAACUGUCUACUCGGUCAGCAGCAACUACAGCAGCAGCUACAGCUACAUCAGCAGCCAGCCACCAGAUCGCCACCGCCAGCCCCAAACACACAAGAAAACCAGUUGAUUCUCUCAAGAAUUUGAUUGUCAUUUUUCGAACGAAAAGCGCAACGAGAAACCCCCAUUUUGCCAAAAUGUUCGCCGUUAUGCCCUACGAUACUGAGGACAGGAGCGCAGCCUACAGGCGCCGGGUAGCGACUCCCCGUGCCGACUUUGUCUGCAAGUAUUGCCAGCGCCGUUUCACCAAGGCCUACAAUCUCAUGAUUCACGAGCGCAGCCAUCGUGACGACGUCACCUACACUUGCGAGGUCUGCGGCAAAACCUUCAAGCGACAGGACAACUUGAAACAGCACAGAACUAUCCACGGUCCCGCUUAUCGCUCGACGGGCAUCUACAUACCGGCCAUUUGAAGAGCGCGCGCUCCGCUCUCACGCCACGCUUAUUCGGGAAAAAUUAAAGAUUCGCACUCUCGCCGCCCUCCUCCUGUUUUCUUUGAUUUUUUUUUUAUCAAUGAUUUUUCUCAUUCAAAUCUUUUAUUAUUAUAAUUAUUAGACAACAGCAAAAGUAAGAAAAAACAAAAAAAAAAGAUAAAAAAAAAGAAUAUUUUACUACUCGAAAACCCAAAACUAACCACACCCUAUUCGUCUUUUUUCCUCUGAAUUUCAGUUGUUUUAUGUGUUUUUUGUCCCAAUUGAUUUUUUUUCCAUCGCGACAACUGAUUGAAAACGAAAAAGAUUUCUCAUUUUUUCCACUUCUUAAAAAUUCUUCCUCGAUCAUUUUUGCGUGUUUUGUUUUGCUGCUGUGCGUGAAUGUCGUGUGCGUGUAUCUGCCUUUAAAAAAACAAACAAUUGCGACGGAAUCCGUCCAGACUUCUGUACAUUUAUAACUUCUCCAUAUGAGAGAGAAGAUGUGCCUCUGUCAAUCCAAUUUUCUUAUAAACCCCCCAACCCUGCAAUCGCAUUGACUUGGUAUGAAAUUUCUUCUCUUAAAUUCUAAUUUUGUUUGAUUUUUUGGAAAAAAAUUCAAUUUUCUUCUCACCCCACCCCCCAUGUCGUGAGUUGCACCCGGUGUGUUGUGAGAGAGAGAAAAACGGGCGGACGGCACCUUUUCUAUAGAAAGAAAAACCAUUUAUCCCCACUUUUUUAUGAUUUCUGUAAUUUGGCAAUGACAAUUCCUCCCUUUUUUUCCAUACAAGAAACAAAGAAUUAAACGAAACAAAAGAAGAGAUCAAAAAUGAGGCAUUCCAAUGAGAACAAAAAAAAGAGAAAUUUUAUCUUCCCGUGGAAUUCGCUACUGUAUCCCAUUCAAAUCCAAAACGCACCAGUUGGAAAUUCGUCAAAAAAAAGUAUACAACUUAUUUUCCCAGUUUUGAAACCACAGAGUCACAUUUGUUCUAUCUAAUUCUAUCCAUCAUAUUCUCUAUAACUUUCCUUGACAAAAAAGACUAGAAAAUCUUUUUUUAUAUCGUUCGGUGUUUUUCUUUUCCUACCUUUGAAGUACCUCUCUAUCCCUGUUUCCCUUUCCUUCUUCAUCAUCUCAUCCUAGUAUAAAGAUGUAUCGUUACUUUUUUCUUUCCCCGACAACACCAAAAUCUCACUUUUCAUUUUUUUUUUCUUAGCCCCGGUCUGAAAACGACCACAGGUAGCACUCGAAUUGUUUAUUUUUUUCUCCCCUUUUCUCCAAUUCUUUAUGAUAGAUCACACGUCAUUAUUCAUGUUCUCUCUCUAUCUCUCCCCCUCACUCCCUUCCGUAUUGGAAAAUAAAUAAUAAAUAAAU